CGCGUUUUAUUGAAUACUUUCUCCACCGAUGCUCUUGUGUUGCUGCAAAAUAACACAAUGUAGCGCAUUAAUUGUGAGAUUUUGAUGUCAUCAUUUGUUUUUGAAGAAGAUAAUUGUAUUAUUUAGUUUAUAAUUGGUAGAGAAUCAAAAUGCCCACCAUCAAAUUAAAGAAAGCUACGGCUGAUUAUAUAGCAGAAAAGGAAAGAGAAAAAGAAAAGGAUUCCAAAACCAAAGAAAAAAGUAAACCUGCCGAGAGAUCAUACAAAACAGAAUUAAAGAAACUAGAUGGAGAAGUGUUAUUUGAAAAAAGGAAGAGAGUACUGCCUGUUGCAGAGCAGACGCUGCAUGAUUGGAUUGAUGGCCAUCUUGAAUCUAAAUCAGGAGUACGUUUAACUCUACCAAGAUUAUAUGAAUUUUAUGGUACCAGUUGUUUAGAAGACAGUAAACCAGUUCUAGAUCUUGAUGAUUUUUCUAAGGCAUUGAAAGACAAAUUUGGCAAAGAGUUUGCAUUUAAAGCGACAUCCCCACUGAAGGAUUUGGUAAAAGAAAUAAAAAUAGACUCCAUAAAGAAGGUGAAACAUGAAGCUGGUAAAAAGAGGAUGAUUGAGGUCAUUCAAGAAGUUCUUAUUGGACUUGGAAAUCCUAAUGCAGGAGUACGUUUUCAGAGAUUAUUAUCAGCUGUUGCUGAAAAGCAUCCAGGAUUGAGUAUUGGCUUACGACCAAAUGCUCUAUUACGUCAUAUUGAUAAUGAUUUCUAUCAAAAGAAAGUGUCUUUGGUAAAGGGAGUAGGUAAAUGUGGAUAUUAUCGAGUACCAGGUCAUGAAGAAACUAUCAUUGGUGAUGAUGAAAAAGAAAAUGAAGAUGGAAAGACUGUAGAAAAUGGUGAAGAUGAAGGAGAAACACCUAGUAAAAGAGGAAGGAAGAAAAAGACAAAACCAGAAGGUACAGAGGAAGACAAUGAUGAAAAGAAGGAAGGAGAAGGAACAGACGACAAAGAUGGUGAAAAGAAAAAGAAGAAAAAAAAGUCUGGUGGCUUUGUUUGUAAACCAAUAGACCCAAGUGAUAUAGAUCAUAUUAAUCCCAGACACAUAGAAGAUACUUUCCCCCUAGCUAUAACCUAUUCCAGUGAACCCAAGUCAUCUACGUUUGCUAGAAUGAAGAAAUAUGUAGAGCGGUAUUAUCCUGAAGUUGAUAUUGAAAGAAGCUUGCGUCCAGCACUAGAGAAAGGAUUAAAGUUAGGUAUAUGGGAACAUGUGAAUAGUAAUUAUCUCUUGAAUAUUGAAGAAUUUGAUCCCAAUCUUAAAGAUUCUGUGGAUGAUGUUAUCUGUGCUGCUAUCAUAGCUACAACAGAACCAAAGGUAGCUUCAGCAAGAGCUAUCAAACAAUAUGUACAAGAUUAUCAUGCUGAGUUUAAUAUAGACAGUCAUCCUAACAAAUUUAAAUUUGCUCUGGAAAAAGGUGUUCAGAAAACCAUCAUAAGACAAGUUUCUGGUUUAGGAGCAACUGGUUCUUAUCAACUGAUGAUUCCAUUUACACCAUCACCUGCAUUGUUAGCUGGUGAUGAAGAUAAAGCUGAGAUAGAAACCAUCUUAGCAAGUGAUAGAUAUGAAGAGAAUUAUGUUGUUAGACCUACCAAAUCUGGUCGUAACAAAUCACCAGUAAAACGAACCCCAUCGAAAGGCAGAAACACAGACACUAAAAAAACAGAGAAGAAAUUGGCAAAGAAAAUGGCAGCUGGAAUCGUUAAAAAGGUCAAAAAAGCACCAAAGGGGAAGAAAAGAGGAAGAAAAUCUAUUGAAUCUGAAGAUGAUGAUGAGGAGGAGGAAGAAGAAGAAGAGGAAGUUCCCAAGAAACCCACCCCUGCUAAAAAGGCAAAAACAUCACCUAGGAAAAGUCCAGCUAAAAGUCCAGCUAGAAGUCUAGCUAAAAGUCCUGUUAAAGCUAAAGGUCGUAGAAGCAGAACUACUGAAGCAGAAGUUGAUGUUGAAGAAACACGUCCAUUGAAAAAGAGAAACAGAAAUACACCAAAAAGGAAUGAUCGCGGCAUUGUUGAGAAAUCUUCACGCACAUCUCGUGGAAAAUCUUUAUCAUCUUAUAAAGAAGCUGUAGAAUCAGAUGUAGAUGAAUCUGAUGCUGAACGUGAGGAACCAGUGAAAAAAAGAUCUAAGUCUAGAAGAUAAAUAUAAUUGUUCAUUGUUUACGAUUCAACUGUAUUCAAAUUAUAAUUCAUAUAGUCCAAUUGUUAGUUAUAUUUUACGUUGCUAUUUGUUAUAUUUUUGUCAGAAUAGGAAGAAAUUUUACUAGCUUCACUAUAUGCCUUUUAUAUAGAAAAUCUUUCAUUGAAAUAAUGAGAUUUUACAAAGUGUACAGAAAAUUUUAUAUGUUUUAGAUUCAUGUUUGGACAAUUUUGUUACAUUUUAGUAUUCUCAUUGACUGCUGCAUUUUUUUUUAUUCUUUUUGUUUAAUUGUGUCUGAAUUUUGCCCUCAAAAUUUAAAUCAAUAUUUGAUAAUUAUCAUUUAUUUUUAUCACCAUUUCAUUGCAAUAUUUUAUAUGAAAAUGUAAUUACAGUCAGGGGUUCAGAUAUUCUCGUUUUCUGCAUUUGUAUAGUCAACUAUGUCUGAUUAAACUACUAAUUAUCAUCCAUUAUUUCUCAUUUCAUUUAACAUCACCAGACUGAAUGUAUUACUUCUAUUCAAUAGAUUUGUAUCCAUCAUAAUUCAGAGAUUUUAAAAUUGUUUCCAAAUUUUUUAUUGUUUUAUUCAGAGAUUAUUUUUAAAGAAUUUGAGUUUUAUUUAGGAUUAUAAUAAAGACAUACAAU